AUGUACCAUCUAGUGAAGGGAAUCUACUCACGUUACACGAUGAAGGAGGAGUACUCUGUUCUGAUCUUGGGGCUGGACAACGCAGGGAAGACGACUUUCUUUGAGAAGGUGAAGUCCUUAUACACAGAUCUCAAGGCGACGCCACCAGAAAGGAUUCAUCCGACUGUAGGACAGAAUGUGGUGCAUAUAAACGUUGAUAAGAUUGUGAUCAAGUUCUGGGAUCUUGGUGGACAGGAAUCGCUUAGAUCUCUGUGGGAAGAGUACUACGCACACUGCCAUGGUAUCAUCUUCAUUGUUGACUCCACGGACAAGGGACGUUUAGAGGAGUGCUCUGAUGCGUUCAUGCGUAUAGCGACGGAUGACUCCAUCGCAAAUGUUCCCAUACUGAUGCUUGCCAAUAAACAGGACCUCGAAGACUCAUUGGAGGUUGAAGACGUGAAGGAGAUCUUCAACAAGAUUGCCCAACAUCUAAGUGCAAGAGACUCACGGGUAUUACCGAUAAGUGCUAUCACAGGUGAAGGUGUGACGGAUGCAAUUGACUGGAUUAAACUGAGAAUGAUACGGAAUAAGGAGGAUAGACCUCCAAACUACAGG